CAGUUAUUUGGAAACCUCAGAGUUUUCCAGAAGCACGCCUCAGCAAAACUCCCGGCUAACGAACUUUGUACAACAUGUCUUUGGAACGCCAAGUUCGCAACAAGAUCGCCGCCAAGCGCAACCCCCAGCAGGACAAGGAGGCGCAGGAAUGGAUCGAGCAGAUCCUCGGCGCUAAAUUCCCCCCAGGCGAGGUCUACGAAGACGUCAUCCGCGACGGCACCGUUCUCUGUCAACUCAUCAACAAGCUCUCGCCCGGCGCCGUGCCCAAAAUCAACACCUCCGGCGGCCAGUUCAAGAUGAUGGAGAACAUCCAAAACUUCCAGAACGCCAUUAAAGCCUACGGCGUGCCCGACAUAGAUGUGUUCCAAACGGUGGACCUCUGGGAGAAGAAGGACAUCGCCCAGGUGACCAACACCCUGUUCUCCUUGGGCAGGCAGACGUACAAGCACGCCGAGUGGACGGGGCCCUGGCUGGGGCCGAAGCCCGCCGACGAGAACAAGCGGGACUUCACCGAUGAGCAGCUGAAGGCCGGACAGACCAUCAUCGGGCUGCAGGCCGGUCAGAACAAGGGGGCCUCGCAGUCUGGGCAGAACAUGGGAGCCGGGCGUAAGAUCAUCCUCGGUAAAUGAGGAGGUGAUUUGGUGGGAUUUUUUUUGUUUUGAUUUUCGUUCGGAUUUUAUUUUUGCACUGAUUUUUUUAUGUUUGUUUAUAAGCGAUGUAAUGUUAAUAAAGUGAAGAUGUUUUAUUUUAUUGGUGGAUUUAUUUGUUAACAAGUGAAGAGUAAGUUC